AUGGCACCGCGUCUGUUGAACAAGAUAUGUCUUAUCACCGGUACAGGCGGUAGUAUGGGACGUGCAGCAGCCCUCAAGUUUGCCGAAGAAGGCGCCAAAAUCGUCGGCUGUGACAUCAACACUGUGACCGACGCAGCAACCAUCAAAGCUGUACGAGAGCUAGGUGGUGAAAUGAUAUCCAUGUCCCCAUGCGAUCUCACAAAACGUGAGAACUGCGAGCAAUUUGUCAACCUAGCCAUAAAAACAUAUGGACGCAUCGAUGUGCUGUACAAUAAUGCAGCAAUGGUCUACAUGAGCUGGCUCGAUGACGGCAAGGAUGACGACUGGUACAAAACAGUUGACCAGGAGUUAAGCCUUGUCUACCUGUUGACUCGUGUUGCAUGGCCAUAUCUGAAGGAGUCAGGUGCAUCUAUCAUCAACGUUGGCUCUGCCAACGGCUGGAUUGCAAUUCGUGGAGUGCCGGCUAUCGCCCACACAGCUACGAAAGGUGGUGUUAUUGCCAUGACACGCCUUAUCCAGACUCUGCAAACUGCACCUUUGCUUGAGGACCCGCAAUGGAGAUCGGAUUUAACGCAGAAGAUCAUGAUUGGCCGUAUCGGGCAGCCAGAGGAGAUCGCGGCUGUGGCUAGCUUUCUUGCUUCGGAUGAGAGCUCCUAUAUAACCGCUGCAGAUAUUCGGGUCGAUGGUGGUAUGACAGCCUGGUAG